AUGCAAAAAUCUCUGAUGUUAUCCAAGAAGAAGAUAGCCCAGGCCAGAGAAAAUCUUGAAAAAGCUCAAAUUAAUCUUUCUAGAGACAUAUUCAACAGACAUUUGAUUGAGGGUGUUAAAAAUUGCACAGAGGAGCUGAUUAGAUGGAAUGAUACUGAGAUAGCUAUUCUGAGACAGAGGGCAAAUAUUAGUUGGCUUAAAGAUGGUGAUGGUAAUUCUUCAUUUUUUCAUGCAUUUGUCAAAGCUAAGAAAAAGUCUGGAAACCUGAACAUGUUACUUAAAGAGGAGGAAGAAAUCUUUUCUGCCCUAAAAGGCAUUCAUGACCUGUCUGCUCCAGGACUUGAUGGUUUUAAUUCCAGGCUUUUUAAGCACUACUCGGAUAUUAUAAAAGGAGAUCUGACUGCUGCAGUCCAUGAAUUUUUUGACAAAGGGUACCUGUACAAAGCUUUCAAUUGCAUUGUUGUUUCUCUCAUCCCUAAAAGUAAAUCUUCUAGGAGUAUAAGGGAUUAUGGGCCAAUUUAUGUCUGCACUAUUGUUUGCAAGAUUAUAUCCAGAAUUUUGACUGCUAGAUUAGGGCAUGUUAUUUGUAAAAUUGUUAGCCCAAAUCAGGCUGCUUUUAUCCCAGGGAAGCAAACCCAUAGUCACAUUAUUUUAGUGUUUGAAUUGAUUAAAGGGUACAACAGGAAUAGUGGCCCUCCUAGAUUCUCCUUUGUUUCCUACAGAUUCAGUCUCAAUGGUUCCCUUUCUCCCUUUAUGCCGGCUAACCGUGGCAUUAGACAAGGGGACCUUAUUUCCCAUUAUCUCUUUGCUAUAGUGAUGGGAUACCUUCAUAGAGGUGACUCUUACUCUAUGGAACUUAUUCUGAACACUUUCUACUCUUUUGCCAACUUUACUGGUAUGAAAGUAAAUCCCUCUAAAAUCAAAAUGUAUUUUGGUAAUGUUGAGACUAAUGUGAAGCAUGAUAUCCUUAUCCAUUAUGGGUUCAAAGAAGGUGGUCUUCCCUUCAAGUAUCUAGGAGUCCCCCUCUCUAGUAAGAAGUUGAAAGUUAGUCAUCAUUUGCAUUUGAUUAAGAAAAUUACUAGUAUGAUAUCUCACUGGUCUUCUAAGCUCUUGAGCUAUGCUGGAAGAGUCCAGUUGAUUAAGAGUAUUUCCUUUUCAAUGGCUAAUUACUGGCUAAUGAUCUUUCCAUUGCCUAAGAGUGUCAUAAGGAAAAUUGAUUGCUUGUGCAGAUCCUUUCUUUGGACUGGGAGGGAUACAAUUAUUAGGAAAGUCCUAUCUCUUGGCCAAAUGUCUGUAAACCUAUUAAGAAUGGUGGUCUAUGCCUUAUCAACUUAG